UUUUUUCUUGUAAGAAUGCCAGUUCAAUACAUUAUUGGUGAGUGGGAGUUUCGGGAUCUCAAUAUAGAAAUUACACCCCCAGUUCUGAUUCCUCGACCAGAAACGGAACAAUUAGUUGAUAUUGUUUCAAGCGAAAUGUUAAAAAAAAAAUAUAGUAAAAUAUUAGAAAUUGGUUGUGGUAGUGGCGUAAUUUCCUUAUCUUUACUUAAGGCUUUUCCAUGGUUAAACAUUGUAGCGAUUGAUAAAAGCAAAGAAGCAUGCGAAUUAACACAACGGAAUGCAAUGAAAAACAAAAUCCUAACAAAUUUAAAAGUUAUUCAGUGCCGCAUUGCUACUGACAAUUACCGUUACUUGUUCAAAGAAAAAUUUGAUGUUAUUGUAAGUAAUCCACCCUAUGUACCUUCAAAACGCUUAACAGAGUUACAACCGGAAAUAGUACUGUAAGUUUAAAAUUGUUUAUAUAUAUACUUAUACACAUUUGGGGAGAUUGUUAAUAUUUGCGAUACAAUCAAGGUGCUACAACACUACAUUCAACUAGAAAAGCUCAUUUAUUAUGGGAAUUGGAAAAAAAUUUAGUAUACAAAAUUUUAGGAAUUUUUGAGUGAAAUUAUUUCUUGACACAGAAAUACACUUUUUUGAAUGGUACCUAUACACCUUGUCUAUUGUUUAACUUUUGAAUUAGGUGCCUUUUUUUAAUAAUCACCUUAUACAAAGGGCCCAUAUCAAGUGAUUCAAGAUUUAGUUGUCAUUUCAACUAAUAAUAGGGCUUUAUUUGACGUCAACUCUAAUCAGUUUACUAUGUAAACACCUUGUAAACGUAUUCUUUGUUAAUUUUUUUUUAUUAAUAGUGUACAAGGCGAGUCUAAGUUCCGGAUUACAAUUUUGUCGAUAAAUUUAAACAGAACACCUUGUAUAUUAAGGUCAAUAUAGUUAUCUCUAUUAACGCUCUUUCAGUUAUGCAGCCAAUGCAAUCCAAUAAAAAAUGAGUUACAUAUACAAAUGUAGCAUCGUGCUACAGAUGGCGUUUACUGCGCCAUUUGUAGCAUUUUCUAAAACGCACUG